CAGAAGAGUGAGAGAAUGAAGGCUUUUAGCAUGAAAAACUCUGUUUUUCUCCUAGCUAUUCUUGUCUUAACCUGUACUUUGCAUAUUGAAGCUCAGCAAUGCCAUCCAAGCGGCCGGAUCAGGGGAACGAAUCCUCCUCCGGACCAAUGCAACCAAGAGAACGAUUCGGACUGUUGCAAAAAGGGCAAGUACUACACAACCUACAAAUGUUCACCGCCGGUGUCCAGAAGCACAAAAGCAACCCUUACCCUGAACAGCUUUCAGAAGGGUGGGGAUGGAGGCGCACCAUCAGAGUGUGACAAUCAAUACCACUCCGAUGACACACCUGUGGUGGCGCUUUCAACUGGAUGGUACAGCAAAGGGAAUAGAUGCUUAAACUACAUAAAUAUCCAUGGUAAUGGAAAGAGCGUUAAGGCCAUGGUAGUUGAUGAAUGCGACUCUACAAUGGGAUGUGAUUCUGACCAUGAUUAUCAGCCUCCUUGUCCUAACAACAUUGUGGAUGCUUCGAAAGCUGUUUGGAAAGCGUUGGGAGUUCCUGAAAGCGACUGGGGUGAAAUGGAUAUUUACUGGUCUGAUCAAUGCCAUCCAAGCGGCCGGAUCAGGGGAACGAAUCCUCCUCCGGACCAAUGCAACCAAGAGAACGAUUCGGACUGUUGCAAAAAGGGCAAGUACUACACAACCUACAAAUGUUCACCGCCGGUGUCCAGCAGCACAAAAGCAACCCUUACCCUGAACAGCUUUCAGAAGGGUGGGGAUGGAGGCGCACCAUCAGAGUGUGACAAUCAAUACCACUCCGAUGACACACCUGUGGUGGCGCUUUCAACUGGAUGGUACAGCAAAGGGAAUAGAUGCUUAAACUACAUAAAUAUCCAUGGUAAUGGAAAGAGCGUUAAGGCCAUGGUAGUUGAUGAAUGCGACUCUACAAUGGGAUGUGAUUCUGACCAUGAUUAUCAGCCUCCUUGUCCUAACAACAUUGUGGAUGCUUCGAAAGCUGUUUGGAAAGCGUUGGGAGUUCCUGAAAGCGACUGGGGUGAAAUGGAUAUUUACUGGUCUGAUGCCUGAUCCGAUACCGGUGGCUUUCUCAUUUUUUUGUGGCAUCUGGUUGAUGCAUACCCUAUACUAUGCAACCGGUACACUGUGUGUUAAAGCUAGAAAAGGGUUGUGAUAUUAUGUUUAUCUUCAUCCAUAAAAUCUUAAUUAUGAAA